UACAGCAGGGGGCGUCAGACAGCAGGACUGGAGCUGCUGGUUUGGUGGUGAACUGUGAAGAAGACAGUUUGAAGGAGUUUGUGGUGUUUAUAUUUCAGAAUGUCUAAAAUAAAGAGCAUUGUUUGGCCGCAGGUCGUUCUGUUCGGGGAUUCCAUUACACAGUUCUCCUUUCAGGUGAACGGCUGGGGCUCUGAGAUAGCGAACAGACUGGCGAGGAAAUGCGACGUGGUGAACAGGGGUCUGUCAGGGUACAACACGCGCUGGGCUAAAAUAGUUCUGCCCCGCCUCCUGCCGGCCUGCCCCCCGGCCUGUCCUGUGGCAGCAGUGACCGUCUUCUUCGGAGCCAACGACUGUUCCCUGCAGGAUAAGAACCCCCAGCAGCACAUACCCUGUGAGGAGUACACUGAGAACCUGAAAGACAUGGUUAAAUACCUGGCCUCAGCCGGAGUGUCUAAUGACAAAGUUAUCUUCAUUACCCCUCCACCACUUCAUGAGCCAUCAUGGGAGAAAGAGUGCAUCCUGAAAGGUUCCUCUCUGAACCGCCUGAACUCUGUGACUGGUCAGUACGCUCAGGCUUGUGUCCAGACUGCAGGUCAGUGUGGGGUGGACGUGCUUGAUCUGUGGUCUCUCAUGCAGAAGGAUGGACAGGAUUUCACAGUCUACCUCUCUGAUGGAUUGCACCUCUCCGAGAAAGGCAACCAGUUUGUGGCCGAGCACCUGUGGAAAUUGCUGGAGAGCAGAGUGGCUGACCUUCCCUUCAUCUUGCCUUAUUGGGCAGAUGUGGACGCAAAAAACCCAGAGAACAGUCUCCUGUGUGAUUAGACUCAGCAGGCCUGAUAUUCCACAGAAGAUCUGAACUACUGUAAACCACUGCACACUGACGUUUGGUUACAUUUGACUUGUUUCAGUCUGGGAAGGGUGUUUUUAUCAUGUGCACACAGGCCCUUUCUCAUUUCAUGGAACUUCUUGGGAAAACCUGUCUGACAGCACAAGUAAGGAGCUGCUACAAAAUAUAUUUGAGUCCCAUAGGAACUACGGACGUAAGGUUCUGAGACCUCAUCCACAGGUAUCUGCCUUUUUUAAAAACAUAUGGACUCCUCGCCACACAGCUUUGUGGAUUUUUUUUUUGUGAACGUUGAUGUCGCAGUGCACGCCUGACUCUCACAUACCUCCUUACCUUGUAUAUACAGGUUCAUCUUAAUAAAUUUUAAUAUUAAACGCAAAAA